AUGGCGUCAAAAUGUAAUUUUGGGUCGUAUCAGGAGCAAGCUUUGUGUUCACAAUUAAUAGCAGGUGUAAAAAAUGAUAAUAUUAGAAGAAAAUUAUUGGCAGUAAACCAACCAACAUUCAGUCAGCUAAAAGAUAUAAUAAUGCAGGAGGAAGUAAUACAAAAUCAAUUAAUUCAAUUAAAAAACGAGAAUACAGAUGUUAAUUUCAUUAAAAGAAAUAACAGUCGGUCAAAAAGUCAUACAAGGAAUUUUCAGUCAAGAGGUUAUAGUCAGUCAAGAAGUCAAGUACAGCCAAAGCAGGUGUAUUACAAUCAGUCAGGAAGUCAAGGCCAUAUGAAUAAAGGUGCAAAUACAGGGUUAGUUACAAGAAACAGAUAUCAGCAGUCGAAUAAUCAAGGAAAGGAAUGUUACAGAUGUGGGAGAUUUCAUAGUCCAUUAACAUGUCCAGCCCGGCAGUGGAAGUGUUAUAUAUGUGGUCGUUUUGGUCAUACAUCGUAUAAAUGCAGAAAUAAGUUUCAUAGAGAAAUGUCAGUGAAUGAAGUUAAUAGUGAUCAAGAUCAAGUUGAGUAUGGUUCCAACAAUGUACAAUAUGUGUCAAAUGGUAGGUCAAAUCAAUCACAAUAUAUAGAUAAUCAAAGGCAGUCAGUUUCAAAUUCCAUGCAGGAGGUGGAUUGUGUUGUAGAACAGUUAAUGAAUAAUAGUUUAAACAUUAAUUCAGUUUCAGUAAAUAAAUUAAAUAAAAAUAAUGCAAAGUUGGUCUCUAUAAAUGUUGAACAUGUGAAGUUAAUCAUGGAAAUUGAUACAGGAGCUGCAGUGUCUGUUAUAUCAUAUGAACAUUAUGAAAAGUACUUCAAAAACUUGUCUGUCUGUCCAUCACCAGUGAAAUUGGGGGGAAUAUCUGGUCCAAUCAGUAUUUAUGGAGAAAUAUGUGUCAAGGUCAGUAAUUAUAAAUUAAAACUUGUAAUAUGUGGUGAUAAAAAUAAGUCAUUUGUACCAUUAAUGGGUCGUGAUUGGCUGGAUCGAUUAUUUCCAAAUUGGAGAGGUACUUUGUGUAAUUCAAUAAGUGUCAGUAAAAUUCCUCAGUGUGUACAGCAUUUAAAAAGUAAAUUUAGUAAUUGUUUUACAAGUGAAAGUAAUACAUGUAUCAAAACUUUUGAAGCUAACAUUAUAUUAAAAGAAAAUUAUGUACCUGUAUUCAUGAAAGCAUAUGAGGUUCCAUAUAGUAUAAUAACAAAAAUUUCUGAUGCUAUAGAUAAAUUAGAAAAACAGGGAAAGAUAUAUAAAGUCAAACAUUCAGAGUGGGCCUCACCAUUAGUACCUAUAAGAAAGAGUGAUGGAACUUAUAGAUUAUGUGUAGAUUUUAAGCGAACAGUAAAUCCAAAUAUAAAGAUUGAUAAUUAUCCAUUGCCUACUGCUGAGAAUAUAUUUGCCUCUAUGGCAGGAGGUAAGAUGUUUGUAGUUUUAGAUCUGUCUGAUGCAUAUACACAGAUUUGUGUAAAUGAGCAGAGCCAACCAUUGUUAACAGUCAAUACCCAUAAGGGAUUAUACAGAUUUAAGCGUUUAAUCUAUGGUAUAGCUUCAGCACCAGCAAUUUUUCAAUCUGUCAUGGAUCAAGUGCUAUCUGGGAUUGAUAAUACAAAAUGUUAUAUCGAUGACAUCCUAAUUAAAGGUUUGAAUUUUCAAGAUUGUUAUAAUACAGUUGUGAGAGUCUUACAAAAGUUAAGUGAAUAUAAUAUAAAAGUAAAUUUUAAAAAGUGCAAAUGGUUUUGUCAGUCUGUUGAAUAUUUAGGCCAUGUUAUUGAUGCUGAGGGUAGAAAACCUAGUCCAAAUCUUGUUGAAGCUGUAGUAAAAGCAAAAAGACCAGAUAAUGUGAAAGAGUUAAGGUCUUAUUUAGGAUUAUUAAACUUCUAUCAUAAUUAUAUUGAAAAUCUUAGUACAAUAGUUAAACCUUUAAGAGAGUUAACAGAAAGUAAGUCAAAAUGGUCAUGGACUAAUGAACAUGAAGCAAUAUUUGAGUUGUCUAAGCAAAAGUUAAUCAAUAGUCAAGUUUUAAUGCAUUAUAACCCUACAUUACCUAUUGUUGUUUACAGCGACGCAAGUCCAGUUGGGUUAGGAGCAGUAUUAUGUCAUAUUGUCAAGGAAAAUAAUAAGUCAGUAGAGAAACCAGUGGCAUUUGCGUCAUGUUCAUUGACCCAAGUGCAGAAAAAGUACUCUCAAUUAGAUAGGGAAGCAUUGGCAAUAAUUUAUGCUGUUACUAAAUUUCAUAAGUAUCUUUGGGGUCGUCAGUUUACAUUAGUCACAGAUAAUGCACCAAUAAAACAUAUAUUGCAUCCUAGUAAAAGUAUACCGACAUUGGCAGCACACAGAUUGCAACAUUGGUCUUUAAUUUUAGAGAAUUAUGAUUAUAAUUUAGUACAUAAGCGUAGUGAGUAUUUAAUGCAUGCAGAUGCAUUGUCAAGAUUACCAAUGAAUAAAGUUGUGUUAGAGAUUGACAAUUGUGAUUUAGUACAGUCACAGUUGCCAAUAUGUUAUGUUGAUAUUGCAAAUGAAACAAUAAAUGAUUUAGUGUUGUUAAAAGUUUUCAAUUACACCAAAAAUGGAUGGCCAAAUCAUAUGUCUGAUGUGGCAAUUUUGCCUUAUUUCAAGAUAAGACAUUAUAUAUCUAUUAUGAAUGGAUGUUUAGUUUUUGGUUCUAGAGUAAUUAUACCUCACAAAUAUCAAGCAAAAGUUUUAUUAAUGUUACAUGAGGGACAUCCAGGAGUAGUAAGAACUAAGAUGUUAGCAAGGUCAUUGUUCUGGUGGCCAAACAUGUGUACUGACAUUGAAAAUGCAUGUCAAUCCUGUGAGCCAUGUGCUAUUUGGAUUGAUGUUAAGUUGAUGAAACACUGUGAUGCAAGUCAUGUAAUUAAAGUAAUGUAUGAUAUAUUUGCUGUGAUGGGGUUACCAUGUCAAAUUGUGUCUGACAAUGGCCCUCCAUUUGAUUCAAAAGAAUUUAUAGAUUUUUGUACUUCAUUAAACAUUAAAGUUACAAAGUCACCACCAUAUCAUCCUGAAAGCAAUGGGUUAGCUGAAAGGAAUGUUCAAAUUAUUAGUUAUGCUCCAUUAUCAUCUUCUUUAACAAAAAUGUUUCAUGAGAGAACACCAAAUGUAGAUUUAGUUCCUAAUGUAUGUCAACAAACUACAAAUGUAUCUUUCGGAUCUCCUUCAGAGAUUCAAGAUAGGGUAUGUGAGCCAGUAGUGAGUUCACAAUCGGAAUAUGUAACUAAUAGAGAAAGUACUCCAUCUGUGGAAGUUCAAAAUCCAAUUUUGCGCAAGGUGUUCAUUAAGUGCAGUGUGCGUGCAUUAUACGUAGCGUGGGUCAAUGGGUAUUGGCGGCCUACCGUAGCCCGGGGAUUCUUAGCACCCCUUGCUCUGCCGUUACCAAGACCGCUGCCGUGGCCAGGAAUAGCAGAGCGACCAGGAACUAGGGGCCAUGGUCGUGUAGGACCUGUCAUGGGAGGAAUGUGCCCAUAA